AUGGCGAUGGUUAUGGAGAACCAGCAGCCGCUGGCGCCGAUGCCGGCGGUCCCGGCGCCGCCCCUGCCUCCUCCGCCCCCUCCGCCGCUGCCGCCACCUCCGCAAGCGUACAAGCACCGCUGCAAGGUGUGCAAGAAGGGGUUCAUGUGCGGGCGAGCGCUGGGCGGCCACAUGCGAGCGCACGGCGUUACCGACGACGGCCUCAGCGCCGCCGACGCGCUCGACGACGACGACGACGACUCCGUCCCCUGCGGCGGCGGUGCAUGGGACUCUUCGGAGGCGGCGGGUGGCACGGCGGCGGCGACGACGAAGCGCAUGUACUCGCUCCGCACCAACGCGGGCCGGCAUAAGAAUUGCAGGGUGUGCGAGAACUGUGGCAAGGAGUUCACGUCGUGGAAAUCGUUGCUGGAUCACGGCAGGUGCAACUACGAUCGGGACAAGGACGACCUCAACAUCGCCGGCGCUGACAUCGACGGCGAAGAUGAGGAGGACCUAGCAUUGGCGGCCGGCGGUUGGUCGAAAGGGAAACGUACACGCCGGACCAAGGUGAUCGUUGUGGACAACGGUUCACAAAUUGAUGAGCCGCUGCUGGUGCCGACCACUUCAAGGGAGGAGGAGGACCUCGCCAACUGUCUCGUCAUGCUGGCAUCAUCGCGUGGCGGCGUGCAGCCGCAAGCCAUUGCCGACGUCCACCAGCAACCGCACGCAUCGACGAGCAAGGACAAGCGCGCAUCGGCGAGCAAGGAUGAGCAGAGAUUCCUUGUGCCGCCACAACCAAUCUCUAUGCUACCACCGACCGUACCACAGUUCAAGUUUCUGGCGCCACCACAAGUGGUGCCGUCGCCGGUCGUGUCUCGUGGCUUAUUUGAGUGUAAGGCGUGCAAGAAGGUGUUCACGUCUCACCAGGCUCUCGGCGGCCACCGAGCCAGCCACAAAAAGGUCAAAGGGUGCUUUGCGGCCAAGCAAGAGGAGAGCAGCCGCAACGACUCCCCGCAACCCAGCGCAGCGUCUUCCAAUGGCAACGUCAAGGUCGUGGUUGAAGCCAUCCCCGCCAUCGUCGACGCCACAGAAUCGAAUGGUGUCGAUGGCAAAUCGGAAGUCAACAUGCUAAAUGCUAGGACCACCGCGGUUGUCGCGGCCACCUCUGCACCAGAAAUGGCUAAUAUCAUGCAGGUCGACGAGGCGCCCUCAUCCUCCACCGUUUCACCCUUCAACAAGGGGAAGCUGCACGAGUGCUCCAUCUGCCACCGCGUCUUCAUGUCGGGGCAAGCGCUCGGCGGCCACAAGCGGUGCCACUGGCUCACGACGGGGGCCGGGGACCCGACGGCGGUCGCCAAGCUGCCAUUCAUUACUCAAGAUCACGUCAUGCACGCCGCCAUGUGCCAGCAGCUCACCCUCGGUCCCCCGGUGUAUGGAACGUCCGAUUCGUGUCUUGACCUCAACGUGCCCAUGAAUCAAUCUGCAGAUCCAGCCGCCACGAGACAAGCAGCCGGGAUCAACGAAAGCAUGCUGAGCCUCAAUGCACCGGCGUCGCUGUACAUGCACUCAUGGGCGGGACAUACCAACGCGAGCAACAUGCACAACACGGCGGCGACAAGUGGUCACUACGACUUGCCGGAAGCCACAGCCGCCACCGAGGAUGAAGCGGAUAGUACGAGUGCCAAGCGAGCCAAGAUCAGUGACCUCAAGGACAUGAACAUGGCUGGGGAGACCUCGCCGUGGCUGCAAGUUGGCAUUGCCCUACCGUCCGAGACCAGCGAGAGACUGCUCAAGCCUAAAGGCUAG